GAUGUGGGCGGCGCCGUUCCCGGCAGUCCUGCGGCCCCGCCCGGGCAGGGAGGACAAGAUGGCCGCCGGGCAACGCCCGGCUGCCAAAUCCAAGAUGGCCGACGGGGAUCACGUGACCGAGGAGCUCUCCGUGGCCAAUUGGAGCCUCCCAGGUGCCAAAUUCAAGAUGGCCGACGGGGAUCACGUGACCGAGGAUCCCUAUAGGGAUGACUGGAGCCACCCAAGUGCCAAAUCCAAGAUGGCCGACGAGGGUCACGUGACCGAGGAGCUCUACAGGGCCAAUUGGAGCCUCCCAAGUGGCAAAUUCAAGAUGGCCGACGAGGGUCACGUGACCAAAGGCCCCAACAUGGCCGCCUGGUGCCACCAGAUUGCCAAAUCCAAGAUGGCCGCCCAGUGUCACGUGACCAAAGGCCUCAAGACGGCCCAUUGGAGCCACCCAAGCGCCAAAUCCAAGAUGGCCGACGAGGGUCACGUGACCGAAGACCCCAAGAUGGCCGCCUGGUGCCACCAUAUUGCCACGUCCAAGAUGGCCGACGGGGGUCACGUGACCGAAGACCCCUCCCCCCCAGCCAACCACCCCUCCCGCCGCCGUCACGUGACCGCCCCGCCCAAGAUGGCCGCCGGGCGGUGCCGGGCCUGCUUGCGGGCGCUGGCGGCGGCCAUCUUGGCGGCGGCCGAGGGCGGCUUCCUGUGGGCGGUGCUUAGCUGCCAGCUCCCCGUCCUCACGGCCGCUCCCAUUGGCUGCCGCCCCCCUGGCCCCGCCCCCUGCCCGCCCCUGGCCUGCGCCCUCCCCGCCCCCGCCGACAAGAUGGCCGCCCUCGUGGGCCUCGCCCUAUCGGCCGCCGCCUCCCUCAUCGCCGUCAUGGCCGCCGCCGGGCUGGCGGCCAAUGGGGUGCUGAGGGGGCGGGGCUAGGCGGCCAUCUUGGG